AUGCCUGACUUUGAAAUGGCCAACUCUGCCCCCGUGGCUUCAGCGAAGCCUGAAAGACUGUAUGUUUUUAUGGAUCCUGAUUGUUGCCAACCAGACAACCCAAAUCUCGAAGAUCGGGCAACUGACCUGAAAAUCUUGAAAUUACACAGGCCCAUUACAGUCUCCAAACCCACUCCAUACACAUUCGAUCUAGGCAACCUGAUGGUUAAUGACCCUAACCCUCUGGAGCUUUCCCAGGGCGAGCCCCUCAACGAGUCGCUCCGAGCGAUCGCUCGCGACGGCGCACAGGUUCUGCUGAACCAACUUCUGACAACAUGCAACAUCACCUCCUCCGCCCAAAAUGGAGUUCUCCUCAACCUCCCUCCUGCUGCCACUGCAGUCCCGCGCCACAAGCCUCUGCCCACUCCUAAGCCUCCAACCAAGUGGGAGCUAUUCGCUCGCAAGAAGGGCAUUGGCAAGUACAACCAGAACCCUGGUGCUGCGCUUGCGGAUAAGGAGCGCCGCAAGAAGCUCGUCUACGACGAGGCCUCCGGCGAGUGGGUGCCCCGAUGGGGCUACAAGGGCAAGAACAAGCCCGAAGACAAUCAAUGGGCUGUCGAGGUCAAGGAAGAGGACUGGAAGAAGGAAGAGGCCGCUGCUGCUAAGGGUGGUUCGAUCCGUGGCAUGAAUCGAGCUGAGCGCAAGGACCGUAUCAAGAGAAAUGAGCGGAAGGAGCGAGCAAAUGAGCGCCGGUCGAGAAAGCCUGGAAGCGGUUGA